GUGUGAUACCUUCCAACAAUUUACAUUUAAGUAGAGUGAGUCCAUUGCACGACUAAUUGUGAUGUAACGAGAAACAUCGACUUAUAACAUAUUCCUUACCAAUAUAAACAUUGUUGUUUGUUACCAUAUAAUAUAGUAAAACUUAUUAAUUUCUAACUUACUGAUAUCUUCAUUUGUAAAAUAUUGAUACAUAGAAAAAUGGAAUCAAAUAACGAUCAAUAUACUUUCGAAUUGGCGAAUGACACUCACUUAUCGGAGAUUUUAUCUUUCUUACAUGAAAAUUUCGAUAAGGAAGAGACCGUAUUGAAAAGUUUGAGAGAUAAUAAUUCGUUAACAAUGGAGGAUGAAGAAUCGAUGAGAAUCGAUCACGAGCGACUGAUACGUGCAAUUUUCGCUUUUUCACCUUGCAUCAUAGCGACAGAAAAAUCAUCGAAAAAAAUCAUCGGAAUAAACCUGAUGAUAGUUAGUAAGAAUUCAAAGUUCGAUGAUGGUGCUGAUGGGGUUUCCGCUGUCUUCAGCAACAAUCCUCCUAAAAAUGAAUUAAUGAAACGAUAUUUCAACUAUUUCGCCGAGAUCAGUGAAACGGCUGAUUUAUAUGGGAAGUUUUCAAACUCCAAGGCAGCCGUGGAAUUUUAUGCGGUCGUUGUGGAUAGAAAUUAUCGUAGACAAGGACUUUCAAGGUCACUAAUGGCUGCAGGAAUUUCUUUCGCGAAAAAUACCGUGAAAGACGUCGGAUUCAUAUUUGGUUUGUAUACGUCUCUGUAUUCGAAAAAAGCGGCGGAAAGACUUGGAUUAAAAAGCGUUAUGGACGUAGAUCUUUUGCACUACAAAGAUGAUCAUGGGCGACCUAUUUUUCAAGACACUCCGCCGCAUAAUAUCGUUUCUGUUAUGGUCUUGCAACUUAUUUAAAAUUUUCCAAAUGGCAUGUAUCGUACAAAGGAAUGUACAAAUUUAUAUUUCUGGUGAAAAAUAUAUGAGCUAAAAUUGAGUAUUCUGUAUCUUUCAGUUCUCACACGCCAUUUAAUUGUAUGAUAAUUACUGUUUCUAAAAAUGUAUUAUUAACGAAAGUAAUUAUUAAUAAAUACUGCUUUGAGGCAAA